GAGGAAAGCGCUGGAGGUGCAGCUCCAGAGUGGCCCGCCGGAGGCGCUCCCCCCGGCGCUGGGCAUCGAGGAGGGAGAGCAGAGGAUUGAGGCCGCAGGGGCUGGGCGGGGGCGCGCCCGCCCAGGCGCAGGCGCCCAGGGAGCCGGCCGGCGGGGCGCCGGGCGAGCAGGCGGCAGGGCAGCUGGAGUGGCUGCUGUCCUCCAAGACCAACGAAGCGACGAGCCUCGCGGCCGAGAACGCUAGACUGCUGUCGCGGGUCGCCGCCCUUCAAGAGGAAGUCGCCCAGCUUAUGCAGGAGUCCAAGGAGAGAGCUGACGCGGCGAUCGUCGGGCGCGAGCACGGUGCCAUGCCGCGUGCGCCCAGCGAGCUGCGGGGGAGGAAGAAGUCGAGGAGCAAAAGUAGAGCUGCGUCAAGCAGUUCUCGUUCUGCGUCAGCCGCACCAGCAGUAUCGUCCAGAACUUCUUCUCACAAGGAACCGGCCGCGGGUAGCGACCGCCGCCGCCAACCACCCAGAUGACGGUGGCCGGCCUCGCGCAGAGCUGCCCGAGGGCGCGGAGGCCGCGGAGGUCUCGAGGCCCCCAACGGCGGCCUCGUCGAGGUCAGCCGCGGGGCUUCCGCGAGGCAGC